CCAGCGACACACUUCUGGCACGGCCAACAACUAGUCCUGAAAGUUUGGGCCGUGCCUAAAGGGCCGGCCCGAGCACGGCCCGUGAAAAAUGGAAAAAGGCCCGGCCCGACACGACUGGUUUAAAUUCGGGCUAGCACGGCACGAAUCGCGGGCUGGGCCGUGCUCUAAAUUUGAGCCCGUCGUGCUACCAGGCCCGACACGUUGUUGUGGGCCGUGCUCGUGCUGGCCCGGCACGGAAACAUCCCGGUCCAGCGUCGGCCGCCAUUUAAUUAGGUUUAGUCGUUUCCCCAGACGUCCGCCCGUCUCCGAUUCUCUCCUCGACUCCCCAGGCGUCGGCCGCCGCCAGCCCAUCCAUUCGUCUUCUCCCCAGGCGCGGCGUCCAGCUCCCCAGGCGCGGCGUCCAGACUCCAGCGGUCCUGCGGCCACGCGCCAUGCGGCCAUCUCCCCGGCGUGGCGUCCAGACUCCAGCGGUCCUGCGGCCACGCGCCAUGCGGCCAUCUCCUUAGGCGUGACGCCCAGCGGCCAGCGGCCACGCGCCCACGCCCAGCGGCCAUCCAGCGGUCCUGCGGCCACGAUGCCAUGCAUGCCAGCGGCCAGACAGGCGCCCAGCGGCCAAUCCAUCUCCCCAAGCGCCAUCUCCGGAUCUCCCGAGGCGCCAGCCCAGCGGCCAUCUCCUGAUCUCCCCACGGCGACCGAGAUACAAACUUAAUUGCGUGCCGUGCCUGGGCCAGCACGGCCCAACGGAAGCCCGCCGUGCUUUAGGGCCGUGCUGGGCCUUAUUUCUACUCACGAGGCCCAGUAAGGCACGGCCCGAUUCUAUUUCGUGCUAGAUAGGCCCGACUAACUGAGGCCCGAAGCACGAUGGGCUCGUGCCGGGCCGGCACGGCACGGUCCAAGUUGCAGCACUACCAACAACUCCACUGCCAGUUCGGGCACGGUGAAAGGGAAAUGUGCCUUUGCGCCAUUUCUGUAUUGUUUUGGUGUUUAAAUGCUCAACACAUAUUGUUUUCAUCUAAUACGAGCUCAGAGUUAAAGAGAAGCAAAUUGGAUAAACAAAGGUAUGACUCUAGCACUUAGUAAAUUGUUUUUUGGUACUAACUAUAUUCUAUUAAGUGCUAGGAAACUUCUCAAAGUGAGAGAAAUCGAAUUGGAAAAGUUUGGCUAAGGCAAGCCAAACUUGCACCAACCUACGGUGCACCGGACAAUGUCCGGUGCCUAGGCUGGCAUCCCAGUGAACUGACCGCUCUCGGAAAAAGCUGAGGGCGCCGCGACUAAAAUUCACCGGACUGUUUGGUGUGCCAGUCGCGUGCCCAGCCAACGAUCGGCUGCGUGAUCAACGGGAGACACGUGGACUUUACCAAUGGUCACCAGACCGCACCGGACUUUCUGGUGUGCCGUGGGGCCGGUGGAUGCAACAGUCGGCUUCGCCAAACAAGGAAGGGCAUCGCGCGCUGUUCACUGUCUGGUGGUGCACCGGAUAGAAGGCAAAUUGGAUUUUUUUUGUUGUUUUCGCUUGUCCUCUGGCACACUUGUGGGCAUACAAUUAUUAUUGAUGUUUCACGAGAAAAUCUAACUUCCCCCUUUUUCCAUUUUUUAUGAAUUAAUUGAAUUA